UAUAUAAGCACACCCCAUUUGCCUCUAGUUCAAGCACACCUCAUACAAAAACUUCAACUACCUCCUUCACACUCCUCACCACUUUCUGUUUGGCAUUGUUUCCAUAACCCUUUGUUAAUUAACCUUUGUGGACUUGACAUCACAUCACAUAGCAGCAUAUAUAAUGGAUAGGUUGACUCAGUUGGUAUCAGAGAGACCAGUGGUGAUCUUUAGCAGGAGUUCCUGCUGCAUGUGCCACACCAUCAAAGCCCUCUUCAGUGACUUUGGAGUGCAUCCAAAUGUUCAUGAGCUUGAUGAGGUUCCUAGGGGGAAGGACAUUGAGCAAGCCCUUUCAAGGCUAGGGUGCAGCCCCUCUGUGCCAGCUGUGUUCAUUGGUGGUGACCUUGUUGGUGGAGCCAAUGAAGUCAUGAGCCUUCACCUAAACAGGUCUUUGAUCCCUAUGCUUAGGAGAGCAGGAGCUAUUUGGGUUUGAGAAAUCAUAUCUACAUGUCUUGUCAUAGUGACCUUCUCAUCAGGCACUAAUAAAUAUAUAAUCUGUUUUGGUUGUUACAUGUAUAAUGGUGAGCUUAAGCUUAUGUGUAGUGGCCGGCAUGAUCCAUUAUAGGAUGCACAUGUAUAUUAGUUUAGAGUUUAUGCUACUAAUUGGUAAUAAUAAGGCUGGUUAACUUGACUGAUAAGGGUGUCAUUUGAUUAGCCCCUUUUUUGCAUCGCAUGUAGCCUUGUGCUUUAUAGUUAAUUAUAAUAAAUUCAAUGUAAUUUAGUUUGUAUGAGUUUUAA